GUGCGACAAAAAAUUGUUUUUAACACCACGGCCACCGAGAUAUAAAAAAGCUCGUCUGCCAUCGCGGCUCUGUCAAAAUGCUUCAGCGCAAACGUUGCGGUUAGCGAAGAAGUCCGCGUUUCCAACACAUUUUUAGCUCUCUUCAACGCUCUUCGAGGAGAAAUUCGAAUCAUACACGAAGAUUGUCGAAAUGAUGUUGCAAUCGGCAGUAACAAGACCUACAUUGGUCAUUUUUGCUGGCAUUUUUUUUAAUUUGUUGCAAUCCGUUCAUGGUCGAGCUGGUAUUAAAAUUCACGAAUCCGCAAAGCUACCGAAAAGCGUUUACAAGAGAAUAAUUGAGACGCGCAAGAUGAUGGGAGGCGAGGCACACGUAUUUCCAAUUACAGCCAUUUGGACAGGAAGACACUACAACAUCAGCAUGAAUAUUCAUUCGCCCCCUCAUCGUUUGAACAGCACGUUCAUUCAAGAUGAAAUUUUCAUAAAUGUUCGAAAAGAUCAAACGCUUACUAAGGCAGACGAAAUCUGGAUCGAAAGCAGCGAACAAAAUCUUUUAGCCAGAGUACCCGUGCAGUCAACGAAUAAGAUUGGCUAUCGCGCUGUCAAAAUGAGAGGCGUCUCGUUGAAGUGGAUGAACAACUUGCGAAACUCGAGGGGUUUGCGCUUGAAGAUGAAAAGUGCCAAAAAAACGAAGAAAUCCCUGAAAAAAAUCAUUGGUGCAAAAGCAUAUUUUGUCGUGUAUGUAUACUCCACGGAGGCGCUCCUGAAUCUUUCGAAAGCGGUCACGUGUGACUCGUAUGACGUCACGAUUAAAUUCCAGUCUAUCUUGGCCUUAGACAGUUUCCAAACGAAGAUCUGCUCCCCACCAGAUGACGUCACUUUUCCAUUCGACGUUUCCAGUGUCUUCGAUGUUGGUAUGGCUUUUCGUCGAGCAUUACAUCACAACCCAGUGCCAAAAGGCGCUAGUGUUUUGAGAAAUCCAAAAUGCUGUCAGGCGACGAAGGUGGCCCCUCGGUCUUUUGUUAAUUUUGUCAACGGUAACAUUCAGGUUUCUCGACUGAGGAAUGUCCAAAUAACGGAAUGCGGUUGCUGGACAAAAUGACAUAAACUGUUGCACGAACGGGCUCAAAUCGGGUGUACUGAGCUGUUUCGGAUCAGGACAGUUAUAAUCUUAUUCAUAAACUUGAUAAACAGACCGUGACCAACAGAGACUUAGGUCUUAAGAUGACGUUGUUUUAUAGGGUCGGUUUUCAAAAAUAGGAAAGAAUUUAGGAUGAAUGACAUGAAGUAUCGUCGUGUACAGUAUAACUGAACUAGCUAGCUUUAAAGACAACUUUUGAUUUAGGUAAUAUCGAUUGAAUGUUCUGUUGCAAACAUAUCUUGAAACAGGCUUCGCCCACAUUUUUUAUCUAAAAAGAAUUGGUGAUUUAGAUUUACAAGACCGAAAUCAGAUAGAUUUGUUCACAAAAAAAAGCACUUAGAUACAAUUCAUGUUGGUUUCAAAAGAGAACGGUUCAAUUUUUCUGGAGUUCAUAAUCAUCAUCGUUGAACGAUCAAAGCUCAAUUUUCUUCAUGGCCAAAACUGGUUGAAAUACGAUAUAGUACCGAAAAAUUACCCGACAAUACCAUGCACCACACGUUACUAGAAGAAGGUCAGAAGAAUAUUUAUUGAGACGAAGCAGGACUUAUCGACUUCACAAGGAGUGGAUGUAAAAAGCCCCCCCCCCCUGUUUGCUAAAAGUAUAUUUUGUCGUGUGUUGACUGGCAGGCGCUAUUCGAUGCCAACGUUAAGAAUAUUCUCGAACCAUUGUUUUUGGUUGCUUGGUAUGUAAAUAAAAUUAAAAAAUUAAAUUUAUUGAAUGGUCGAAA